GUGAUAUUAGACGUCCGUGAACCCCGCGAACUCUUCGAGACGGGUAAGAUCCCCGGCGCCAUCAACAUCCCCAUCUCGAGCGCCGUCCAGAGCUUCCACAUCGCCGAAGAGGACUUUGAGGAGCUCUACGGCUUUGAGCGGCCCCCUAAGGACGCCGAGCUGCUCUUCUACUGCAAGGCUGGUGUGCGCGCGAGGGCUGCCGCCGGGCUGGCCAAGCACGCUGGCUGGGAGCACGUCGGCGAGUAUCCCGGUAGCUGGCUGGAUUGGGAGGCACAAAACGGACCGGUUGAGAAGAUUGACAGCAAGGAGGACGGCUUUUUGGACGGUUCUCAAUAA